ACGAGCGCUGCCGCGGCGCCGCCCCAGGGUGAAACGUCAGGGUCGUCAGAGGGUUCGCUCGAUCCGCUCUUCCUCGAUUUCGAAUUUUCGAUCUUGCGAUUAAUUAAGGGAUGGCUUUGUACUAGGAUUCUAGGAGUCAUUCAUCCUCUUCCUGCAUUAUUGCUUUUGCCAACCGUUCAACUCGCUUAUCAAUUUGUAGUGAAAUACGCAAUUUACAGGCCACAAAGUUUAUGUCUGUCAGUAGAUCAGCACCAAUCAAUCAAUAUUAACAUGCAGCAGUAAGCUAGUUUUGGAGGCUUUGGUACCAAGUCAAAGGAACUUAAUUAGCAUUGUAUUGUCUACUUUCUCUCCUCUCAGCAAAAAACUCUAGCUGUUGGACCAGCGUCACCAGGUUGAAAGCUUCUAGGCACAAUAUACAGACUUUGGUAGGUGUGGCUACUUUAUAUUCCUUGUUUUUACCAUUACAUUAUUUGGUAGGUGUGGCUAGUACUAGUUUGUAAUCCUUGUUUUACCAAUUCUGCACUAGUACUAUAUUUGACCCGCAACCUUGGCCUGCCCAGCUAAACAAUAAAAAGGGGGUUGAAAUUCUGUGUAAAGCAGCAUAUUCAUUGAACAAGCUCAUUGUAUAUAUGACUGGUUAGAUGAGGAGAACAUACGAGCAGCCCAAUGGCCUCUCCUUGCAUUCCCGUCGUCGUGCUACUUGCACUAUCGGCCAUCUAUGUGCUAGCCGUAGUACCUAGUGUUGGCUGCUCUUCUCUGGGUCAGACCAGCAACAAUGGCAGCGACACUGAUCUUGCCUCACUGCUGGCUUUCAAAGCCCACCUCUCCGACCCGCAAAGUGUCCUUGCGAACAACUGGACAACCGGCACAACUUUCUGCCACUGGGUUGGCGUCUCGUGCAGCCGGCGCAGGCAGCGUGUCACGGCUAUUGAGCUGCCGGACUUGCCCCUUGAUGGAUCCCUUGCUCCUCACAUCGGUAACCUCUCCUUUCUCUCCAUCAUCAACCUCACCAGCACCGUCCUGACUGGCUCCAUACCAGAUGAUUUGGGAAGAUUGCAUCGCCUCAAAUUGCUUGACCUUAGCUUCAAUGGUUUCUCAGGUAGCAUCCCACCCACCAUAGGAAAUCUCUCGAGUCUCCAAGUCCUUGUCCUAAACGUAAACCAUCUUUCGGGUUCAAUCCCAGUAGAGCUACGAAACUUGCACAACCUUGGCUCCAUAAAUCUCCGGACAAAUUACCUCAGUGGCUCAAUACCGACCGAUCUAUUCAACAAUACCACUAUGUUAACGUAUCUAUCCUUCGGCAAUAACAGCUUGUCAGGGCCGAUACCAUAUUCCAUUUCCUUGUUGCCAGUUUUGGAGUUUCUUGACCUGCAGUUCAAUCAUCUCGCUGGCCCAUUGCCUCCGGCUAUCUUCAACAUGUCUAAACUCCAUUCAAUAUAUGUCACCAACAACUAUAACUUAACUGGCAAUAUCCCUGACAAUGGAAGUUUUACUCUUCCGAUGCUGCAAAUAAUCAGCUUGGGAAAUAACAGAUUCACUGGUCAGAUUCCGUUGGGGCUCACAUCUUGUCAGGACAUCAGAGCUAUAUCCAUGCCUGGCAACUUGUUUGAAGGUGUUGUGCCGACAUGGCUGGGCAAGUUGACUCGUCUAUCUUACAUUUUCUUGGGUGAGAAUAACCUAGUUGGCCCAAUUCCUGCUGCACUUGGCAACCUCACUUUGCUACGUGGAUUGAGCCUGCCAUGGUGCGAGCUGACGGGACCCAUUCCGGGAAAUUUUGGACAGCUGGGUCAACUAUCGUCUCUUCAUCUCGGAGACAAUCAACUAACAGGACACAUUCCUGCUUCUCUCGGUAAUCUUUCCAAGUUAUCACUUGUAGUGUUGAAGAGAAACAUGCUGGCUGGAUCACUACCUUCAACAAUUGGUGACAUGAAUUCUUUGGUGAAAGUUGAUUUUUCAGAGAACCGCCUACAGGGGGAUCUCAGCUUCUUGUCAAUUUUAUCCAACUGUAGAAAGCUCAGGUAUCUUAAAAUCUCGUUCAACAAUUUCACUGGUCGCCUCCCUAACUAUAUAGGGAAUCUGUCAAGUCAGCUGGAAACUUUAGCUGCACAUGAGACCAAUUUAGUUGGUGAACUUCCGGCUACGAUUUUGAAUUUAACUAGUCUUAGAGUGCUAGACCUUUCGAAAAACCAGCUGUCUGGUGCAAUUCCAAAUUCAAUCAUGAUGAUGGAGAAUAUGCAAUUUCUUAGCCUCCACCAGAAUGCCUUGUCUGGCCCAAUCCCACCACAGACUGCAUUGCUAAAGAACCUAAUAAAAUUGCACCUCGGUUACAACCAUUUAUCUGGCCCCAUACCAGAGGACAUAGGCAAUCAUACCAAAUUAGAACAAAUUGGACUUUCUUAUAACCAGUUAUCGUCUUCUAUACCUCCAAGUUUAUGUCAUCUUGGUGGCCUCCUUUGGCUAGAUUUAUCUCAUAACUUCCUCAACGGUACAUUACCAGCUGAUAUUGGCUAUCUAAAACAAACUUACUACAUGGAUCUCUCUGCCAACCGCUUCAGGAGUAGCCUCCCUGAUUCAAUUGGUAAACUUAUCAUGUUAAUCAAUUUGAACCUGUCACACAACUCAUUCUAUAACCAAAUUCCAGGUUCUUUUGACAAGCUAGCCAUCUUACAAGCUUUGGACCUAUCCCAUAACAAUCUCUCAGGUUCCAUCCCAAAGUACCUGUCCAGUUUUACCAUCCUGUCUACAUUGAACUUGUCUUUCAAUAACCUACAAGGUCCGAUACCGGAAGGAGGCAUCUUCUCAAACAUCAGCCUGCGGUCCUUGAUGGGGAAUUCAGGGCUUUGUGGCGCUUCAAGUUUAGGAUUUCCAUCAUGUUUGGGUAACUCUCCCAGAACCAGCAGUCACAUCCUCAAGUUUUUGCUCCCUGCUAUCAUUGUAGCAAUGGGAGGUGUCGCAUCCUACAUAUUUGUAGUACUAAGAAAGAAAGUUAGGAAUCAACAAGGAGUGACGGUUCCUGCUGGGAUGGUUGACUUCGUAAACCAUCAAUUAGUCUCCUACCACGAGCUUGCUCGUGCGACUGAUAAUUUCAGUGAGAGUAACCUCUUGGGGGCCGGGAGCUUUGGAAAAGUUUUCAAGGGCCAACUGAGCAAUGGUUUGGUGGUAGCAGUAAAAGUUUUGGACCUGCAGGCCGAACAUGCCACUAUGAGCUUUGAUGUUGAGUGCCGUGUGAUGCGCAUGGCGCGACACCGCAACUUGAUGAGGAUUCUCAACACCUGCUCCAACCUUGAAUUCAGAGCACUUGUGCUUCAGUACAUGCCCAAUGGCAGCCUAGAGACGCUCCUACACUACUCUGAGGGCAGAAGGCACUUGGGAUUCCUCGAGAGGCUGGGUAUCAUGCUUGACGUGUCGAUGGCAAUGGCGUAUCUGCACCAUGAGCACUAUGAGGUUGUAUUGCACUGCGACUUGAAGCCCAGCAACGUGCUGUUUGAUGAGGACAUGACGGCACAUGUUGCGGACUUUGGUAUCUCAAGGCUGCUAUUAGGUGAUGACAGCUCCAUGAUCUCUGCGAGCAUGCCUGGAACGGUCGGGUACAUGGCACCAGAGUACGGAUCCCUUGGAAAAGCAUCGCGAAAGAGCGACGUGUUCAGCUAUGGAAUCAUGCUUCUGGAAGUACUCACAGGAAGGAGACCCACGGAUGCUUUGUUUGUCGGAGGACUGAGCCUUCGGCGGUGGGUUGAUCAGGCGUUUCCUAUGGAGCUAGUCCAGGUGGUGGAUGGCCAGCUUCUGCCGCUGCAAGGCUCUUCUUCAUGCCGCAGCUCAGGCGAUGGUUUUCUUGUGCGAUUAUUUGAGGUGGGUUUGCUGUGCUCUAGCGACUUGCCAGACCUGAGGAUGACGAUGAGCGAAGUGGUCGUGAGUCUCGGGAAGAUAAAACAUGACUAUGUCAAAUGGACAGCAGAGAAUCGGCGAGUCUCUGCCUGAAAAAGGUGUAACAAAAAGAGGCAGAAUGGUGGGAAAUGCCUGGGGCGCCGUUGGGAACAGAGUUGUUUCGACGAAGCUCAUUGCUGCGACAGGCCUUCUGAUCUUCUCUCCGUUCCUUUGUGGGCCCUGGCUGGAUGCAGCGGCGUGUCUCCCCUUCUUGAGUGGAAGCUGCAUAUAUAGGCGAGGUCUGAAGUUUUUUCUCUGUUCGUUUCUGUUUUAUAGCAGAUUCGUGUCAAAGCAAGCCAUGUAUACUGUGACAUUGUCCUGCUAUCAGUAUAUCAAAAUCACUCUCUUUUCAGCUGUAAUUUGUGCGAAUCUUUGUUUUCCCAAGGCGAUUACUGGAGUUGUUCAGAUGUCAUAUCUGAAUAUAUUUUUUUUCCCCGUUUGUGUUCUUUCUGUUCUGGUAGACUUGUGUGCAAUUCUGCUAAAGCAAGCUCCCCCUGUCACAAUCACUCUUUCUUGAAUUCGUAGUCUGUACCCUGUAAACAUAAUUUAGCUUGGGCGAUCGUACACUUGUA